AUGAAAUUGAGGCGCACGGAGUUACAGGCGGAAAUCGAAUCUCAGGAAGAAGAAAAAAACCACUUGCAAAGAGAAAUAGAAAAGUUAUCUUACAAAUUAACACGUUUGAAUGAUAGUUUGACCAAGAAAAUAGCGGUCAGAAAUGAAUAUGAUAGAACUAUUGCUGAUACGGAAACAGCAUACAUAAAAAUUUUGGAAAGUUCUCAAUUGUUGUUAAACAUGAUCAAGAGAGAAGCAACAAAUCUAGACCAAACAUUGAUUAAAGCUAACAUGGACAAACAACAGUGUCAAUGA